AUGGCGCCAAAGCCACGAUCUGCUGUGGCGGAGGCCACCAAGGCCGAGAAAGAUGCAGAUGCAGUCAUGGGAACAAAUAAUAGCAGUAUCGCAUCCAAGCGUAGCGUCGAGAUGAUCUACUACCCACAACCCCAUUUCUAUCGUUAUUUCGUGAAAAAGCCUCAAAGACGACCACCGAUGAUCAACCGUAGCUAUUGGUUACGAAUGUACACUACGAAUGAGACGGUGAGGCAAUUUAUUGCAAAAGCACCUACGGAUAAGCCUCAAUUCGUGCUGAAUCUAGGCUGUGGAUUUGAUCCAUUGCCGUUCAUACUCCUCAGUGAAGAGCAAAAGUCGACGCGUAGUGGACGUACUGUAUUCGUCGAUAUCGACUAUGAGAAGCUCAUGGUUCACAAGAAGAAUGUCAUCCGUCAGACUCAGGAGAUUACUAGAGUACUUGGGGAUAUAGAAUUUGGUUCAGAUGAGGAUGUGAUACAGAUCAGCACCUCUCGUUAUCGGGCCGUGGGAUGUGACCUGAAAAAUCUCAAGAAGCUAGAUGAAGUGUUGCAAACUAUCAUUCUGCCAUCUGCUGACAGCUCUGUGCUGUUACUUGCAGAAGUUUCCUUGACGUAUAUGGAUGUUCAGUCGGCGAACGAGAUCAUCAAGUGGGCUUCCAAGUUGACCAAUGAGCAGUUUUCCCCCGACGGUCCUGAGCACCCAUUUACAAAGACCAUGAUGGCGCAUUACAAUAAGUUGAAUGCACCCUUACAUUCCAUCCAUGAGUUCCAUUCGCUAGCGGAGCAGGAGCAAAGAUUCAAGAAUGCCGGGUGGCCUCAAGCCCGAGCCAGAAGUCUAUGGGAUCUGUGGUCUGACGAUUCUUUCCUACCGGAGUCAGUCCGAAAAGGGCUGGAUUCGUAUGAGGUAUUCGAUGAAUGGGAGGAGUUCGCGCUCUUUGAGUCACACUACUUCCUGUUAAUUGCAUCCAAUAUUUCUGAGAUUUCCAAGGACAUGGAUAGUCAUUCAGAACUUGCCAAUGAGCAAGAUUGGUAUAGAAUCUCUGACCAAUUUGUCCUGAAGGCACACUGUCCUGCCGACAAAUGUGGCCGCCGGCGAUAUGGUGCAAUUGUCCCAGGUCGCAAGGACAAGAUUUUCGUUGGUCACCAUGGGGGGCAAGGUGAGCAGGCUCGGUUGGCCUCAACCGACGUGUAUACCCCAGGAGAAAUUGACGAAUCAGAAAUUGCCUCUCCGUCGCGUGAUAUUCCCAUACGAAUGUGCCACACCAUUACGCCAGUGAAUAGAAAUUCAGACGACUGUCUUUUGGUUGGCGGUAGGACGUCACCGGGCGCUCCCUUUGAUGAUUGUUGGUUCCGACAGGACAACAGCUGGCGGCAGAUCCAUCCUUUGCCGGAGCCAAGAUUCCGGCAUAGCGCCACUAAUGUUUCAAUCGACAAGGACUCCGGAUCUGUGCUUGUAUAUGGAGGCAAAACUAAAGACAAUGGUAUUCUGGACAGCUGGCUACUCUGGAAUGACAGAAAUGAACAAGGAUGGCGAAAGAUUGAGACAGUUGGCGGUACUCCCGAGGCUCGCUUCGGGGCGUCAUUUGCGAAAAUAAAUGACACUUUCGGCAUUCUCUCUGGUGGCAUCGGAAGCAGGGGAACUAUCUUGGAAGACAUCUGGGUAUGGAGCCUUUCGCGGUGUGGUGAUGGAUCUUUACAGGUCGAACUUGUGGACCUCACCCAACAUGCGCGAGAAGCUUCGCCACAUCUUUUCAAGUACCUACCCAGAUUCGGGGCCACGGCCAACACCACAUCAAUGGGGCUGGUCAUUGCUGGAGGAAUUAUUCCCCGUCAACUGGUUCCAGCAAAGAUGGAAAUCUUGCUUCUGGAUUCGAAACAGAUAGUGGACCCGUCAAAUAUGACCAGUCCAUGCAGCCAGACCCUUAUCUCUUCAAUCGGACUAGGAAGUGCAUUUACAGAGUCUAGACCCUUGCUUACCGGUCAUGUAGCCUGCUCGAUCAGCGCAGAUCAGGUACUGUUCCUUGGUGGAGGUGCACCCAAAAGUGCUGCAAAAGAGAACUCAUGGGCAAUCGUGACUCCAAAGAAAGAGACCCCUGGUAAUCCAGUAUCACAGCCCCCAAUAAAUAAACAGCGCUACGUCAACAAGAAAGCGAAUAAGCCUGUGCAGAUCCCCCGGAUCCGGAUUGAAACGGCUGCACAGUUCCAGCAAAUUGUCGCCAAUGGCAAGCCGGCCGUUAUCGAAGGCUCGGAUAUCGGGCCCUGCACGGAGGUUUGGACCCAGGAAUACCUCACCAGCUCUGUCGGCAAUGAUCGCAAGGUUGUUGUACAUGAAGCCCAAUCAGAACGUAUGAGUUUCCAGGCAAAGAAUUUUGCUUACGUGACUAAGGGAUUUGGCACCUUUCUCAAUGAGGUUCAUGCCGGUGGCCGCCAGUAUCUCCGAUCGAUCUCAGCGGACCAGCCAUCCAAAUUACCAGCAAAUUUGGCAACGGAUUUCCCUACCCUGCAGCAAGAUUUCAGACUUCCCGAGUGUCUGAGUCUAGUCUCAGAUAAUGUCCACAGCUCCCCGUUGAGGGUUUCGGGACCGGUUACGAUGUGGCUACAUUAUGAUGUAAUGGCCAACGUGCUCUGUCAAAUCCGCGGCGAGCGGCGCCUAAUACUAUUCCCACCGGACGACAUCCAAUACCUCCACAUCCCGCCCGGUGCAUCAAGUUCCACCGUCGACAUAUUCCAAGCCGUCGGUUUGGAUACACCCGCGUCUAUUCCAGGUACCUCACCACAAGAAGCCAUUCUAAAGCCAAGGGACAUCCUGUUCAUCCCGCCGUUGUGGUUACACACGGCAUGCUCGGCAACGAGCGAGGUAAGUAUCGCGGUGAAUGUUUUCUUCCGUAAUUUGACCAAGGGGUACGCUGCUGGUCGCGAUGUCUAUGGGAACCGGGAUCUGCACGCAUAUGAGAAAUCAAGACAGGAUCUACAACGGUUGACCCGGGCCUUUGAUGGAGUCCCGCCUGACAUGACUCGCUUUUACUUGCGACGAUUGGCACAGGAGUUACUGGAUAUUGCAGACCAAUGA